AUGGCGUCCGCCUCUCGUGAUGGCGCCCGCUUCCAGCAGCUCCCUUCGGGGCCUUCGGGGCCGGGCUCCAGCUCCUCGAGGUCGUCCUUCGACUCCACGUCGGAUCCCAACGAUGCCGACGACGAAGCCUUCGCCCUCCUUUCCGAUGGCGAUGUCGCAUCUCUUCUUUCGGAUGACAUUGAGCUCGAAGAGAUCUCCGCAGCCGGACCAUCCGCCGGCUCCGGCUCCCGUCCUGCCAAGAGCCGCUCAGAGAUGGAUCAACGGUUCCAAGAUGCCAUCAAUGCCGAACGGCACAUGACGCCCCGGGACGCCAUCCGCGCCUACCCGAUGGCCGUGUUCUGGAGUCUGGUCGUCUCCCUGUGUGUGAUCAUGGAAGGCUACGACACUAUCCUCAUUGGCAGCUUCUUCGCCCACCCAGAAUUCGCCAAAAAAUUCGGAGACGGUAAGGACGACCAGGGCCGAGAUCAGCUAUCCGCCCUCUGGCAAGCCGUGCUCGGCAACAGCAGCACGUUGGGCUGCAUUAUUGGCGUCAUCGCCAACGGCUUCCUCGUCGAGCGGUGCGGCCAAAAGACCGCCCUCAUCAGCUCUCUCUUCGUGCUCUCCGGCUGCAUCUUCAUCACCUUCUUCGCCACCAACAAGACCAUGCUCAUGCUCGGCCAGAUCGCCUGCGGCCUGCCCUGGGGCGUCUUCGCGUCCUCUGCGCCCGCCUAUGCGUCCGAGGUCCUGCCGUUGACCCUGCGCGUGUACCUGACGACGUGGACCAACAUGUGCUUCAUUAUCGGCCAGCUCAUGUCCGCGGCCGUCCUUGCGGGGCUGCUCCCACGCAAAGACCAGUGGUCAUACCGUAUCCCGUUUGCGUUGCAGUGGUCCUGGCCGGUCCUUCUCAUACCGCUUCUGGUCUUUGCACCAGAGUCCCCGUGGCAUCUCGUCCGGACCGGCCAGCUUGCCAAGGCGGAGAAGGCCUUGCUGCGGCUACAGAGGAGAAAGGUCGAUAAUCUGGACGCCAAAGUCCGUCUGAGGGAAAUCGUAGAAACCGACAGGAUGGAGCAGGAGCACCAGACGGGAACGACCUACUGGAACUGCUUCCGAGGCGUAGAACGUCGCCGCACCGAAAUCGCAUGCGUCGCGUUCGCGGGCCAGGUCCUCUCCGGCUCGAGCUUCGCCUACAACUCGGUCUACUUCUUCCAGCAGGCCGGCCUGAACCCCCAGGACGAUUACAAUCUCAACGUUGGCGGCACCGCGCUGGCUCUGGUCGGGACCGUCGUCAACUGGUUCGCGCUGAUGCCGUACUUUGGCCGUCGCCGCAUCUAUCUCUGGGGCAUGUUCAGCAUGUCUGCGAUCCUCUUCAUCAUUGGCAUCCUCGACAGGAUAGGCCGGUUGCCGAAUGCGCCCACGUCACCUAUAGGCUGGGUCCAAGCCUCUCUAACUCUUGUCUGGACCUUUAUCUUUCAGCUGUCGGUCGGUCAGCUCGGAUGGGCUAUACCCGCCGAGGUCGGCUCCACCCGACUCCGACAGAAGACCAUUUGCGUUGCGAGGUCUACCUAUUAUGUUAUGAAUUUGCUGGCCAAUGCCUUCCAGCCAUUUUUCAUGAAUCCGAACGCCCUGAAUCUCAAGGGCACGACGGGUUUCGUCUGGGGAACAUCGGCAUUUCUCACCUUUGUAUGGGCUUUUUUCCGCCUCCCGGAAACAAAGGGGCGUACCUACGAGGAGCUGGAUUAUCUCUUCCACAACAACACCGCCACAAGGCAGUUCGAUACGACGGAGGUGGAUGUAUUUGACGGGGAUUACGAGAAAGUGUCACCCCCAAUGUCUCGAUGA